AUGGGGGCACAGUCAGGCGGGGCACAGUAUCAGGCAUCAGGGGCACAGGGCACAGUAUCAGGCGCCAGGGGGCACAGUAUCAGGCAUCCAGGGGCACAGUACAACAGCGCAGAGGGCAUCAGGCGUCAUAAGGUCACAGUCCAGGCGUCAGGCACAGCACAGUAUCAUCAGGGGGCACAGUAUCAGGGGGCACAGUAUCAGGCAUCAGGGGCACAGUAUCAGGUGCACAGUCAGUCAGGCAUCAGGCGUCAGGGGCACAGUGUCAGGGGCACAGUCUCCAGGCAUCAGGGGGCACAGUAUCAGCAGGCGUCAGGGGCACGGUAUCAGGCGUCAGGGACAGUAUCAGGCGUCAGGAGGCACAGUAUCAGGCGUCAGGAGGCGCAGUAUCGGGCGUCAGGGGUAUCAGGCGUCAGGGGCCACAGCAUCAGGCGUCAGGGCCACAGUAUCAGGCGUCAGGGCCACAGUAUCAAGCGUCAGGGGCCACAGCAUCAGGCGUCAGGGGCCACAGCAUCAGGCGUCAGGGGCACAGUAUCAGGCGUCAGGGGCCACAGUAUCAGGCGUCAGGGGCACAGCAUCAGGCGUCAGGGGCGUCACAGUAUCAAGGCGUCAGAGGCACAGCAUCAGGCGCAGAGGCACAGUAUCAGGCGUCAGGCGUCAGGGCCACAGCAUCAGGCGUCAGGGGAUAGUAUCCAGGCGUCAGGGGCCACAGCAUCAGGCGUCAGGGGGCCACAGUAUCAGGCGUCAGGGGCCACAGCAUCAGGCGUCAGGGGCCACAGCAUCAGGCGUCAGGGGCACAGUAUCAAGCGUCAGCCACAGUAUCAGGCGUCAGGGGGCUGGCAUCAGGCGUCAGGGGGGACAGUAUCAGGCGUCAGGGCAUGGCAUCAGGCGUCAGGGCCACAGCAUCAGCAUCAGGCGUCAGGCGUCAGGGGCCACAGCAUCAGGCGUCAGGGGACAGGCGUCAGGGGCAUCAGGCGUCAGGGCCUGAUAUCAGGCGUCAGGGGCCACAGCAUCAGGCGUCAGGGGGCAGGCGUCAGGGGGGGGUCAGGGGCACAGUAUCAGGCGUCAGGGCGUCACAGCAUCAGGCGUCAGGCGGGGGACAGUAUCAGGCGUCAGGCGGGGCACGGCACCAGGCGUCAGGGCUGGUAUCAGGCGUCAGGGGCCACAGCAUCAGGCGUCAGGGGCCACAGCAUCAGGCGUCAGGGGGACAGUAAGCGUCAGGGGCCACAGCAUCAGCGUCGUCAGGGGCCUACAUCAGGCGUCAGGGCCACAGCAUCAGGCGUCAGGGGGCACAGUAUCCAUCAGGCGUCAGGGGCCACAGCAUCAGGCGUCAGAGCGCACAGUAUCUUAUCAGGCGUCAGGGCCACAGCAUCAGGCGUCAGAGGCACAGUAUCAGGCGUCAGGGGCCACAGCAUCAGGCGUCAGGGGCCACAGCAUCAGGCGUCAGAGGCACAGUAUCAGGCAUCAGGGGCACAGUAUCAGGCGUCAGGGGCCACAGCAUCAAGCGUCAGGGGCCACAGUAUCAAGCGUCAGGGGCCACGGCAUCAGGCGUCAGAGCACAGUAUCAGGCGUCAGGGCCUGGCAUCAGGCGUCAGGGCACAGUAUCAAGCGUCAGGCCACAGCAUCAGGCGUCAGGGCCCACAGCAUCAGGCGUCAGGGCGCGUCAGGGGGGUAUCACAGUAUCAGGCGUCAGGGCCACAGCAUCAGGCGUCAGCACAGUAUCAGGCGUCAGGGGCCACAGGGGGCAUCAGGCGUCAGGGCACAGUAUCAGGCGUCAGGGCAUCGGGCGUCAGGGCCACACAUCGGGCGUCAGGGCGUCAGGGGCACGUCAGUAUCAACCGUCAGGGGCCACAGCAUCAGGCGUCAGGGGCACAUAUCAGGCGUCAGGGGGCACAGUAUCAGGCGUCAGGGGGCACAGUAUCAGGCGUCAGAGGCAGAGUAUCAGGCGUCAGAGGGGCAGUAUCGUCAGGGGCACAGUAUCAGGCGUCGGGGGCCAGAGCAUCAGGCGUCAGGGGCACAGUAUCCAGGCGUCAGGGGCACAGUAUCAGGCGUCAGGGGCCACAGCAUCAGGCGUCAGGGCCACAGUAUCAGGCGUCAGAGGCACAGUAUCAGGCGUCAGGGGCCACAGUAUCAGGCGUCAGGGCCACAGCAUCAGGCGUCAGGGUCACAGCAUCAGGCGUCAGGGGCACAGUAUCAGGCGUCAGGGCCACAGUAUCAGGCGUCAGAGGCACAGUGUCAGGCGUCAGGGCACAGUAUCAGGCGUCAGGGCACAGUAUCAGGCAUCAGGAGCACAGUAUCUGUCAAGCGUCAGGGGUCAGGGCACAGUAUCAGGCGUGGGGGCCAGGCAUCAGGCGUCAGGGGGCACAGUAUCCAGGCGUCAGGAGGCACAGUAUCAGGCGUCAGAGGGCACAGUAUCAGGCGUCAGGAGGGCACAGUAUCAGGCAUCAGGGAGCACAUCAAGCGUCCAGAGGGCACAGUAUCAGGCGUCAGAGGGCACAGUAUCAGGCGUCAGAGGGCAGUAUCAGGCGUCAGAGGGGCACAGUAUCAGGCGUCAGGAGGGCACAGUAUCAAGUAGCAAGCGUCAGAGGGCACAGUAUCAGGCGUCAGAGGGCACAGUAUCAGGCGUCAGAGGCGCAGUAUCAGGCGUCAAGGGGCACAGUAUCAGGCAUCAGGAGCACAGUAACAAGCGUCAGAGGGGCACAGUAUCAGGUGUCAGGGGCACAGUAUCAGGCGUCAGGGGGCACAGUAUCAGGCAUCAGGGGGCACAGUACCACGCGUCAGAGGGCACAGUAUCAGCCGUCAGAGGGCACAGUAUCAGGCGUCAGGGGGCACGGUAUCAGGCGUCAGGGGGCACAGUAUCAGGCGUCAGGGGGCAGAGUGUCAGGGGCACAGUAUCAGGCAUCAGGGGACACAGUAUCAUCCAGGUGUUGGGGCACAGUAUCACGCGUCCAGGGCACAGUAUCAGCACAGGGGGCACAGUAUCAGGCGUCAGGAGGCACAGUAUCAGACGUCAGGUGGCAAAGUAUCAGGCGUCAGGGGGCACAGUAUCAGGCAACAGGAGGCGCCGUAUCAGGCGUUAAGGGGCACAGUAUCAGGCGUCAGAGGGCACAUUAUCAGUCGUCAGGAGGCGCAGUAUCAGUCGUCAGGAGGCACAGUAUCAGUCGUCAGGAGGCGCAGUAUCAGUCGUCAGGAGGCGCAGUAUCAGUCGUCAGGAGGCGCAGUAUCAGUCAUCAGGAGGCGCAGUAUCAGUCAUCAGGAGGCACAGUAUAA